CGUUAUUGCCCGAAGACGGUUCCUUUGCGCGUGCACAGCAAUGCCGAUAAUUUCAUCUGGACGAAUCGUUCUAACGGAUACUGUAAGAUCUGAAAGAAAUGUGGUUGUUUUAUAAUGUGUCCUGGAGACUAUUGAAUAACUGGCUGACGUGGGGAUCACGUAGGGGGGCUUGCCGAAAAAGGAGAGACACGGGCGGGCAGAGGGGCUGCGCCGCCGCGCGUCUGGGAUUACAGUAAACACAAUUUGUUUCUUUAACAACUUGAUAUGGCUUUGACGAGAUAAUGCAAUCUCUGGCAUAUAAAACACGAAGGAAACCAUGUAGCAUGUCUUGUUGUGGGGGUUCUGAGACGCUCAGACUGACCACUGCCUAUAACUUCAUGGAUGUUUACGUCAGUUAAUGAUUUGGAAGUUUGUAAAGUUCGUAAAGGCCAUCGACCACUGCUGUAUGAACUUUGUUUUUAAUAUCUGAUGCAUUUUAUAAGUGCUGUCUAAGAUGGUUGAGAACAGAUGCUUUGUUCAGAGAGAGGAGGUUUACCGCUGGUUCUCCGUGUUGAGUUCGGCGCAGAGGGCUGAGUUCUUCUGCGGCCUUUUGGACCUAUGCGUUCCCAUUGAGCUGCGCUUCCUCGGUUCGUGUUUGGAAGACCUAGCCCGAAAAGACUACCACUCUCUGAGGGAUGCAGAAAUCAAAGCCAACAACCCGGCUGACCUCGCCAACCUGGCCAACAUCACGGAUGUGGUCGUAAGGAGCAAACUGCUCAUCUCACUCGCGCUCCUCAGCUCGGACAACCGCGUAGCGGCCGGAGUUUUGUUUCGCACCCUCACUCACAUCGACACCAUCAUUAAUAACUACGGACUUCAGCUUAACGAUGGCCAGACGGGAGAGCAAUUUUUGCUCCUCUUCACCAUGGCUUCGAACCAUCCCGCCUUUAGUUUUCAUCAAAAGCAGGUGCUGAGGCAAGAGUUGACACAAAUCCAGAAGAUCCUACAGGUGACAGUUGGUGAGGCGUCGUCGACGUCACAUGGGGGCGGGGCUUGUGCUGCUGCUCUCCCAAACGUGAGCGUGACCCCGACCUUCUCUUCCUUCAUCACCUCAUCCACCCCAUCCACCUUCAACUCCUGCCAGGCCGGAUGUCCGUGCUGCAAGACUGUACAACGAGAGGUCACAGGAGGUCAGACAGAUGAAGGCUUGGGUCCUGAAAUGGUGCCGCCAAGUCCGUCGCUCUUGUGCCAGGAAAUGCCACUCAAAGUGCACGUCCGAAAACCCAGCAAAGUUUAUGUUGAAAGAAUUGAACUAAGAGGAGUUACAUCCAAAUCAGACAAACCAACAGAAUACAUCCUGGAGGCCUUGUGGUCCGACUCCACUUUGUCGACUGUCAGCAAGACCCCUCAGGAAGUGCUGGAGUUCAUCUCCCAGCUCUCUCAGCUCUUUCCUGAUGAAUGUCUGGAGAAACUUCUGCCUCAGAUGCCUGGACUUGAUUCCACUCAUGAACUAGAUCCUCGAUGCUUGACCUCUUUUCCGCCUCAUGUUCUCAAACACGACAAAGUCUGUUUCUUCUUCAGCACUUCGCCCGCACCGCAGCUCCCUACUAGCACAAAUCUGGGCUGUUUGCUUCAGUAUAGGGGAGCGAGCAGGCCAAUUUGUGGUGUCGCCAGCAUCCAGCCUGUCCUAAGCGUCCAUGCCCCCCUCCCGCAGAGCACCCCUGCCCACCUGCCCCCUCUCCCCCCUCAGACAGCGGUGGCCAUUCUCCCCGGCACUGCUGUACCUAUUGGGGAGGGCAGUCCACCACAGACGCACCUCAUAAACCCCGGACCCCUAUCCCAGCAGCCCAGCCCGGAGCAGAACGGCAUCCUGGACUGGCUUCGAAAACUGCGGUUGCAUAAAUAUUACCCUGUCUUCAAACAGCUAACCAUGGAGGAGUUCCUCGCUCUCACAGAAGAGGAUCUCGACAAGUACGACCUCACUCAGGGGGCCAAGAAAAAACUAAAGACUCAGCUGGAGCUUCAGAAAGAGAAGCUGGAGAAAAGAUAUGUGGUGUCUCACUUUCCUGUUUCCUGCGGUGGGGUUGCCAGAGUGACCCCUUCCAGUCACAUCGGACCCCUGACACACAUACACCCUGGAAGUGGCACUGAGUUACGGGUAGACGUCGAGAACAGCUCGUUGCCUAUUCCACGGGACAGCAGUUCCUCCUCGGGCUAUUCCAGUGCUCCUUCCAGUCCAAUGACUCCUUUAUCACGUGACACUUCCUUCGACCGGGUUAAAGACCUUCACAGACGUUUGGAGUCUGGUUUGGAUCCUGGCGAGAAAGAACGGUCAUGCUUUCUCCUCAAUCAUGCGGUAUCCACCGGUCCUAGCCGUCCCACUGCCCAAGUCCUCCCAGUCCAGAAUGAUCCCUCCCAAAUGAGUUUGCCCCCUCCCUCCCUACCCCUCCUCUCCCCAGGCCGGGUUCUCAACUCCCCCCGCAAACCUCGCCCACCCCCUCUCUGUUCAGAAGAACGUCCUAAACCAGUGGGGUCCGGGGUUGCUCUGGGUGUCCGACUUGAGAACAUUUUCCCUGGGCUGAGUCUUGACGGUUCCCCAGGACACCAGGACAUGUCGUCCCCCCGUGGGCCCCUCGCGGUGCUUCGUUCCCCUCCAGGUCUCAUGGUGGAGACCAGCUCUGCUCUCACCGCCACAUCUAACACCCUCCACCACGUCUCUCACCCACCCUUACACUUACAAGUGUCUUCUUCUGUUCCAAGUACAGGAUCGUACCAUUUCUCUACCCCGUCCUCCUGCCCGUCAUCAUGUUCCUCCACCAGACCCUCUUUCUCACCGGCCAGCAGCGUUCCCAUGGCGGCAGUACCUGGCAAUACCUACUGUGUAAACAGCACACCCGUGGUCACGCACAGUUCUAGCCCAGCAUCCACAGAGAAUAGCGGCUACGCCUCGGUGCAAGCAAACAGCAUUAACUCCAGUUCCUCAUUGUGCGUUUGUAGCUCUUGCGGGUGUAGCCGCAACUGUGGCUCCUACGGGGCACUUCCGGCUAGCUACGCCGGCUACUUUCCACAUCCGUUCUCAGGAACGUCAGUGUUCACGUUAGGCCCUUUGCUUCAUUUCAGCCCGCUCCUCACAGGAAAUGGUACCGCAUCCCCUUUUUCCUACCCCCUGGUGGCCCCGCCUAUCUACAACAGCAGCCUAUCACAUGACUCUCAACAGAAUCUUGUGCUUCCGCCAGUGCAGGGUUUUCUUGGAGGAGGGGGUGGUGUGUACCACCCCCAUGGAAUCAUGGGAAACGGAAGCUCUGGGCAUAAGAAAACAGGGACUGUAUCCUGCUAUAACUGUGGGCUGAGUGGGCAUCGUGCACAAGACUGCAAGCAGCCAGCAAUGGACUCUGCACAACAAGGGACAUUUCGUCUGAAAUAUUCUCCGCAGUCAGACAGCCAGGACUCAGGGGACUAAACGAUGAGUAUGAACUGGUUUGGACCUGCACCUUCCUCAGUGUGUGUAAACAUACUUAAUGUGAGACCCCCGCUGAGCUAAGACAGUAUCUCUUUACAGGAAGAUCAAGUUUGAUCACUUAUGGCUUCGGAUAAAAAAGCCUUGUGCCAAAGAAUCACUUCACAGUGGAUCUUUGUAAAGAGAUGCUCAAAGAAGUGUGUUCUUCAUACUCUUCACACUGUUUGUUUCACUUGAGACUCGCUUGAGCAAGUCACUGUGGAGCAGCCAACAGUGUAAGUCAACAUUUAUCGCACAUGUCAUUCUUGGAAGCAAAACAAAGAGGUAAAUGACAGAUUUUGCUUGCCAAAUAACGUGCAAUGAUGGCCAAGUCUUUUUGCUCUUGGUGUGACAAGUCAACCUCUGGGAAUAAAAUACUGGCAGUUUUUGUUCUGUAAAUUCAUAAGGAAAGAACAAACUGACAAUUAAAGAAGUGGAAAUGUUGUUUUCCAUCUUAAGAGGUAAUUUUUUAGCCUUUUGACUUCCGAACAUCUUCUUAAAUCAUCAUGUGCUGUGUUCCUGUUUGUUGUAAUCAUGGUAUAUUUGUUAAUGUCCCGGUUUUUGCUACUUUUGAAUUAUAUUUUUAUUACAUGUUCCAUGUUCUCUUCGCAAUAAAGGUGCCAUGUCAGCGUGACUCUAAAACAAAAGACGUUUAUACAGUCAAAGCACUCGAGACCGUUGAAGUCGAACUUUUUAAUUUACUGGCGUUAUUAAAACUGUAAUGAAAAAGAAGAAAUUGCUUCCCAGAUGUAGG